GUCAUCAUCAUCAUCAUCAUCACCACCGUCAUCAUCGUCAUCACCGUCAUCUUGUCCAUCACUUUUACACGCUUGGUCGGAGCUACGAAACCCUAGACGACGGGCUUUGUGAACCGGACAUAACAGUACUUGAGCCGAUAUCAGACAAGGAGAGAGGUAACAAGAUGAGUACGGCGACUUGGAAAGAGGAAAACGGCGACGUUUCAGCCGCCGAUGGCAGAACCGUAAUUACAAAGGGGCCGCCGCCAGCUUCGUCGUCGUGGUCAUGGUUAAGGUCGAAGGACCCGAGGAUCGUUAGGGUUUCGAGGGCGUUCGGAGGCAAAGACCGUCACAGCAAGGUGUGUACUUUGAGAGGGUUACGUGACAGGCGCGUGAGAUUAUCAGUCCCCACGGCCAUUCAGCUCUACGACCUCCAGGACCGGCUCGGCGUUGACCAACCCAGCAAAGCCGUUGACUGGUUGCUCCACGCCGCCAAAGACGAGAUCGACGCGCUCCCUCCUCUCCCCAUCUCGCCGGAAAACUUCGCCCUCCUCAACCACCACCACCGGCCCUUCUUGAGUCUCAACCCGGGUCUCGGCCCGAGUCAAGAACCGGGUCAACUCGGCGACGAAGGCCGAGAGCGUGGUCGCGAGAAAGAGGACGAUGAGGGAGGAAAAAACGACGCGGUUUUGGGUACUAUCAAUUGUAUCGAUGAGAGAGAGAAUUCUGUUAUAGAGAGAGAAUGUAGAGAGAGAAGAAAAUGGUGAAAUAUGAACUCUAUAUUGAUCAGUGUACGCUCCUGAGU